UCUUUCUCUCUCACACACUCAAACACAUUGCUACUACAGGCCAAACAUAUACAUACAUUUAUUUCUAGAGAGAGAAAGUGAGGCCCCUUUUCAUUUUUUGUUGCCACUACACAACUUUACAGCUCAACUCUCAAUUUCCUGUCUCUCUUUCUCUCUCUCUAUUUCUCCUUUCAGCUCGACUUCAUAAUCACAGAUCAAAUCUACAAUCGACACUGCCUCCACCAGUGGCUGCCAUGUGGCUUUUGUUGACUUGAUAACUGCAUGAUCAGAGGAAUAUUAUGGAGCUUUGUGCAUAGAUGCUAUGUAGUGACCUUGUUUUGCCUGAUUAGAGCUACAAUGGGCAGCUUCCGCAUGAAUUUCCAGCAACCAUUGCUUUUAUGUACUCUAUUGCUUCACGCUUUGGCAAAAGAAACUGAGGCUCUCAGUCCUGAUGGAGAAGUGCUGGUCAGCUUUAGGACAGCCAUCAUUAGUUCAGACGGAGUCCUGCAGCAGUGGAGACCAGAGGAUCCUGAUCCAUGUGGGUGGAAAGGGGUACAAUGCGAUCCCAACUCGAAGAGAGUUAUAACCUUGAGCCUCCCCAACCACAAGUUUAGUGGACCUAUAUCACCAGAUAUCGGGAAGCUAGAAAGUCUGCAAUUUCUAGCUCUUCAUGACAACAAUUUAUACGGGUCAAUCCCUCCAGAAUUGGGAAAUCUUACAAGGUUGCAGUCAAUAUUUUUGCAGGGUAACUACUUGAGUGGAUUUAUUCCGAGUGAACUGGGGAACCUUUCUCAGCUUGAGAAUCUGUAAGUAA